AUGUUAGGAAUAAAGAGGCCUUUCAGAAGCCUAUCCCUCAGGCUAAUCCACAUCAAGACUGCUACUACACCAAAUGAGAAUGCGCUAAAGUUUAUUUCUAUGGAUGGUGAAUUACUUCAAGAGAGGGGAGCCCGGAGCAUCGAAAUCAAGAAUACAGAUGAGAAACUGAUUAAACAUGCACCUUUAGCAUCUCGUAUAUUUUCUCAGUGUCCAGGAAUUGAGACUCUAAUGAUAGGAGAUGAUUUUUUAACUGUUAGAAAGGAUGAGAUGAUGCAUUGGAAUCAAGUGACACCUUCAGUCAUUGAUAUAUUGACGGGGUACCUAGCAAGUGGGAAGGAGAUGUUUCAUCCUGAGUUCUAUUCUGUAAAGGAAUCAGAGAUUGGAUAUGAUGUUAAUGUUCCAAAAUUUGAGUAUGAUGAGGAUGAACAGGAGAUAAGUGAAAUGAUUGAGGAGUUGAUCCAGACAAGGAUCAGACCGGCUAUUAUGGAUGAUGGAGGGGACAUAGACUACCGUGGAUGGGACCCGGAGACAGGUAUCGUUUAUUUGAAGUUACAAGGUGCAUGCAAGUCGUGCUCUUCUAGCGAGGUCACGUUGAAAAGCGGUAUUGAAUCUAUGUUGAAACACUACAUCGAUGAGGUUGAAGGUGUUGAGCAGAUACUAGAUAUCGAGGAGCAAGUUGCACUAAAGGAGUUUGAGAAAUUAGAGCAGAAGAUGCAAAAGAAGCAUCAGUUAGAGGCAUAG